UCUCUGCCACAAUAACUACUAAUAGUUAAUUGCAAUAUUACAACAUAAAUUGACCAAUCAGAGCCCAGAACUACUCAGGUUCUUGCUCCACCUCUGAUACUGUGUAUAGAAAGGAGAAGCAGCCCUAGUAAUGCUCAGUUAAAAGAAAGUCACAAAACCUAGUGAUCCCAGGUCAUCUGGAAACUCAAAAGACAGAAGCCAAGAAGAUUCACAGACAACCUCUAAGAAGAUCCACAGACAAUCAGCGAGGAUUAAAUCUCUUACAGCAAUGGGAGAGCCUUACAUCAGGCACGUGCAGCUGCUGGGCUUUGAGAAAAGAUUCUACCCAAGCCAACACUAUGUUUACAUGUUCUUGGUAAAAUGGAAUGAUCUUACAGAAAAGAUGGUUUACAGAAAAUUCACUGAGAUUUAUGAAUUCCAUAAAGCAUUAAAAGAAAUGUUCCCAAUUGAGUCUGGUGACAUAAAUAAAGAGCAAAGGACUAUACCUCACUUACCAGCUCCAAAGUGGUUUGAUGGCUUAAGAUCGACAGAGAACAGACAGGACACGCUGUCUGAUUACUGCACAGCUUUACUCAGUUUGCCCUCUAAGAUAUCACACUGCCCUCAUGUUGUACAAUUCUUCAAAGUGAGAGCGGAAGAUGUGAACCCUGUUGCUAACAACAACGGUCGGAAGCCUGAAACAUUUUUGUUGAAGGUAGAUAAUACGAAAAAAAAUGUAUCAGAUAUUACAGGUCCAAUUAUUCUACAGUCAUAUCGAGCUGUAGCAGACUUUGAAAAGAGUUCCAAGAGUGAACUAGCGAUGAAAUAUGGUGACAUAGUGGAAGUGGUGGAAAAGAAUGAAAAUGGCUGGUGGUUUGGUCAGCUGAAGAACAAGACAGGCUGGGUACCGGCUGCAUAUCUAGAACCUUUAGAUAGUCCAGAUGAGUCUGAGGAACAGGAUCCCAACUAUGCUGGUGAGCUGUUCAUUACCACAAGGGAUUAUACAGGAGAUCUGGAUGAUGAGCUAACUCUGAAACAGGGUGAAACUGUAGAAGUAAUCCAUAAACUGCUCGACGGGUGGUGGGUAGUCAGAAAAAAUGAUAACACUGGCUAUUUUCCUGCAAUGCAUCUGCAAAAAUCUGGGGAAAGGGCUCCUACAGAAGAAAGUCAGACAAAGAAGAAAGCCCUACCACCUCGCAGAUCCACUAUUUCUAAUGCACAAAGUAUACAUAUUAAGGGCCGAAAGCAGAUUAGCCAGGACACCUACCGAAGGAACAGCAAAAAGUACCUGAAGGAGCGAAAGUCUAUUAUUGAUGUUGCAAUACCCAGCACCGUUGAAGAGAGAAAAGAGGUGGAAAAUGGAUCUAAAGCACAGCCUGCCAUCCCACCAAGACCAAGCAAAGAACUAAUUCUUGACCGUUGUACAGAGCACACCAGGAGCAAGAUCCAAGCAGUGAACUGAGAGAAGUGAUUGGUGGAUGCCACAUCUCAUACGACUCUGUGUGUUAUAUAGACAGCCUCUUUUAGGACCAAAGCAAGCUAAUACCCAUAUCAUAUUAUUUUUAUUUUCAAUAUGUAUAUAAUUAAAUGGAAUAAACAUUUAUAAUUUAAA